CAACCAAACACGACCGGCAUUAAGUAGUGAAAAAAAGUAAAUUCAAUUGCGCGUGUUGCCAGUUUUUGUGCACAAUUCGACUGCGGUAUAUAACGCGUAACGCGGCGUCUAAUUAUAAAAACGAGUUAUAAACAGUUUUUCCUUCUGCCUAAAGUGUGCUAUUGUUAUUGUUGUGUGAAAAUACGGGCAAAAGUGUAAAGUGAUGCGACGAAGCGACUGCAUUUAAACGCGGAAAUUUUGUGCAUAGCCGGUAGUUUGAGAAAAGUUUUUCGAACACGUCAAACUUCGUGAACCGCGUACCGCGCGCUUGUGAAAAUAAUACAUUUUGCAAUAAGUUAAUAAGCAGCGCUAUUAAGUGCCUUUGUUUUAACUGCCGUGCAAAAAGGUCCGUGUGAAUGUAGCGUGCGCGCGCUAAUAACAACCACAACAACAAUAACAACCUGUGUAUAAGUAAACGUCAGGCAAAUUAAGUCACUGAUUUUACCUGUAAAACCGACGUGUGACAAGACGCGCCGCGGCACUGGCUUAUUAGAGAGCCGCGCAACGAGUGGCGCCACGACUUAAUCAUUGUAAUUAUGUGCAAUUACAAGAAUAUAACACUGUUAUAUAACUGUAAAAUGUGUGCGCGUUAAGCGCGCUUAUAUUUCUCAAAGCAAACUGCGAGCUAGCGAGUCACAAAGGCAGUCAUUGUAACGCGGCGCGCUACCGAAAAUAAUAAAGUAAUAAACAACAGCGUUGCAACUGUAAAGUGCUCUCCACUCCACUUAAUUUAUGGCAACUGCGUAUGCGUACGCGCGUGCGUCCAGUGAACCGCGUGCAUGUUAUUAACACUUUGGCUGCGUAACGUUUUUGACACGCGCGCGUCAAAUAGUUUUUCGGCCACAAUACGCGCGUAUAAUUAAAAAUGCAAAGGAGUCGUUCGAAAGCAUGAGCGCAAAUUGCUGAUAAUAGUAAGUGUAAUUGGCUUUUCACCACAAAACGAUGAUAAGACAAAUAGUGGCAAGCGAAGUUGCAAACGCUCAGCAUACAUGCCUUGCUGCGCUCAACUAACAGCUUCUAUGCAUCUUCAUUGCGAACGUAACGCGCGCCACUCUGCACUUGCUGCUACUGUGACUUCGACUGCUGCUGCUGCUGCCGUCAGUUUUCCCCAGUAAUGUGUUAUCGUUGCAUGCGCCCGACUGCAGCCAUCCUGUGUCCAGCCGCCGCGCUCAUUUAAGGCGAUACCGUGCGCAUUUUCCAUUCAUUCACAAAUCAACCGUCGUGCGCUAUUGUCGGCUGCUCGGCUGCCGUUUACAUUCACAAAACGUUUUCCUUCGCCUUUUUCAUUUCGAAGUCGCAAGUCAUUCAUGAGACGCGCUGCUCGCCACACGCGCGUACGUUCUUAGUGCAUUCGCGUAAGCUGAUUGUCAGCAGUGAUUUUGUGACAAGUGAAAUGAAAUGUGAAAUGAAAUAAAUGCAUGAAGCAAAUCGCUAUCGCAAAUGCAAGACGCAAUAAAAUUAAAUGCAAAAUGCAAUUCAAAUGGCCAGCAAAAAAAAAAAUAAAAAUAAAUAUUUUUUUUUAAUGCAAAAUUAAAUAUAUGUGAAUGCGGAGUAUAAUAAUCCCAACGUAAAUCGUAAAAAUUCGUCGUUGCACUCACCGCGCGCUGUAAUUAACGGUUAUAAAAUUGAUGAAAUGUGCUUGUGUGUGUGAUAAUGGCAUUACAAUCGGUUUUAUGAAAAACGCAAUUGCACGAAUACACGGCAAAAAAUUAGUGUAUAGAAAGAUACGCAGUCGGUCAGCAAAGUGUGCGCCCGGGCGCUUGGACGGCAACGCGUACACGUAGCCACGCACAUUUAUAUGCAUGUAGCACAUCCGAUAGCUAUCUACGCACUCGCAAAACACAAAUUAUACGUGUAAACAACGCGUGGACAUACACACUAACACACACACUCGCCCGCGUACAAGCGCCUCUGCAAAAAAAGCGUCAACGAUUUGCGAACGGCCGGAUCAACAGCAACACAAAGGCCAAGCAGACAGACAACCCACCGGCAACAAGCCACCAGCCAACAGGCAGCCGGUCAGCCACACAGCGCUAGCCACAGCUCAACAGCUCGACAACGCCGGGCGGAAAGCGCUUUCGAGUGGCGCAUACAAAACUUGGGAUUGCCCGCGUGUCUGUGUCUCCGACUGCCGCGCGGCGACGACGACGACAACGCGAAGCCAAUUCAAACUGUAGCAGAUAUCAAUCCACAUGCUGAGCAUAAUUAAUUUGCCGCACGUCAGUUGAGUCGGUCAGUGGUAGUGCGCGCAGCCGACACACCUACAAACAUACAAACGCGCCGGCUGUGCGACGGACAGACAGACUAUAGACAGUUGUUUGUGUGUGUGGUGUUCGCUAGCUGGUAGCGUCUGCUACUGUUGCUCAACGCUUCAAUGCGAACAAGUGUAUAUAUGUGUGCGUGUGUUUCAACAUUUAUGCAUUAACUCAUACAUGUGUGUGUGUGUAUGCAUAUAUAUGUGUGUAGCGCUGUUCUAAAGCAUUUCCAUGCAUUCGGUUUUAUUGGAGCGCAGCCGCUACCGUUGUCUGUAUGUAUGUAAAAUCGCGCGCGCUUGCUCUGAAUAAUGUCAAUACAUACAUAUAUACAAAGCUAUAUUUUACAUACAUAAGCUCAGGCGUUAAUAUAUGUGUGCGUAUGUAAAUAUGCGCGUCGUGCGUACCGAUCGCUGUUCCACAACUGAAUUCUGCAAACAAGUAUUAUAUACUAUAGACGACAAAAAGUAUAAAUAAUUAUAAUAAUAAUUAAUGUUAAAAUAUACUUAAAACAACAACAACAACAAAUGCCAAACAGUUAAAACUGCUCCACCUCGCAAUGCUACCGUUUCCAUGCACCACAACCGAUUACAACGUUCUAAAGCUGAUUCGAAAUAAUGUAUAUGAGAAUAUCGCUACAAUUGUUGAAACACAUUUUUGAAAAGCAAAAAAAUCCGGUUCCUUCAACGCAAUCAUUAAAUAUGUCGCUAUGGAGUUUUCAAAACAGCAACAACAACAAAACCACAACACACUGAAAUGUAAUACCUAGAUGCUCGCCAGUAUUGCUGCAAAACCUGAAACCUUGCUGAAAUAAAUUAAAAGCAAAUCGAAAAAACGAAAAUAAAAACAAAAAAAAAAGCAAGCGAAUAAAACAACAAAAACAAAAGACACUUGCAAUGAACAAGGAAAUGCGAAAGAGGCAAAAGCCGCAACGACGGCAAUAUGCAAUUAAAACAGCAACAAAGCGCACAGCACUCGCACUAACUACAACAACAACAACAAUAGCAACAACACCAACAGCACCGCCAACCCGUGUGACAGUGAACAACGAAUUCGUGCGCACAAUGGCAAUUGUUGCUGAUAGCGCAGAUAGCGUUGCUGUUGUUGUUGCCAACGACGAGCAGGCUCAAAGUUGCUGCGCCAACAACGAGCAACGCUGCAACAACUGUCGACAACGGCAACAACAAGAGCGGCAACAGCAACUUCGGCCUACACAGUCCGCUGCACUGUCGCCACAGCAACAACAAUCACAACAACAACAGCGCCAGGGAUGUGAGCAUCAUGUACAACGCCAUCUGCGGUCAUGGCCGGGACAGCGGUCAAAGUUCAGCGCCUGGUUGCUGACAACUGUGUUCAUCGUGGCCAUUUGCCUGGUGCAGAGCGCGCACACGAAUCUCUUGUUUGGCAAUUUGUUAUCGUGUUCCAAUGAAGGUGAAGUGGUGCAAAUUACGGAACUGAAAAUAACUUCAAAAUGUUAUCAGUGUACCUGCAAGAAUGGAUUUGUAAACUGUGAAAAGGGAAGCUGUCCACCGAUUGACGAUUGCUAUCUAUUGGAUCCCAAACCGCGUGACACAUGUUGUAAAAAGUGCAAAGGUUGCAUAUACCGUGGUAUACCAUACCCAAGUGGCUCUGAGUGGGCUGAUCCCGAAGAUCCGUGUAAGACUUACAAAUGUGUGGCCAGUGUUGUCACCGAAACGACAAUGAAAUGCUUCAAUCAGUGCGACGAUGAACACGUCAUACCGCCAAAACCCGGUGAAUGCUGUCCGACAUGUCAAGGUUGCAAGAUCAACGGACAAACGGUGGCCGAGGGUCAAGAGGUAGUCGGCUCGAUAGACGAUCGUUGUAUGGUAUGUCAAUGUUCGCAAAACGAGCUGACAUGCGCUAAGAAAACAUGUCCCAUACUCCAGUGCCCCAUCUCAAAGCAAACGCAGAAUCCCAACGAAUGCUGUCCACGCUGUACCGAACAACGGGAAUUCAUGCCGGUAUAUGGCAAGUGCAUUUUCAACAACAAGGUCUACUACGACAAGACGCAAUUUAUGCCCGACCGUUGCACCAACUGCACCUGCAGCAACGGCACCUCGAUCUGUCAGCGCAACACCUGCCCCAUACUGGAGUGCUCGCCCGAGUAUCAGGAAAUGGACGGUUGCUGCCCGCGUUGCAUCACCUCCGAGGUGCGUAACGAAUGCAUACACAAGGGUGUGACCUACAUGAAUAAUGAAACAUGGAAUUUAGGACCCUGCCGUUCGUGUCGCUGCAUUGCCGGACAAAUACGUUGCUCAGAGAUGCGUUGUCCGCCGUUGAAAUGUAACUCCAACGAAGUGAAGAAAACAUUGCCGGGUGAGUGUUGUCCGCGCUGCAUUGAGACGCCCGGUACAUGCACCGUCUUCGGCGAUCCACACUUCAAAACGUUCGACGGCAAAUUCUUCAGCUUUCAGGGUUCAUGCAAGUAUCUGCUAACGGCCGACUGUCACGACAAAACAUUCUCCAUACGUUUGACGAACGAUGGACGCGGCACGAAACGUUCGUCUUGGGCGAAAACGGUAACGCUGAAGAUGCGCGGCAUGCGCGUCACUUUGGGUCAGAAAAUGCGCGUCAAAGUGAACGGCAGUCUCGUGAUACUGCCGUAUAGCGGCGCAACGGGCACACCGAUUGUCAACAUCGAACGACUGGGCGAACACAUAAUGCUGCAAACCGAUUUGGGUUUGAAACUCGAAUGGGACGGCAACAAUUUCCUACAAGUGACCGCACCGACCGCCUACAAAAAGAAGCUAUGCGGUCUGUGCGGCAAUUACAAUGGCAUCGGACGUGAUGAUCUCAGCAGCCGUGAUGGCAAUAAUCACACCGACAAGGAGGUAUGGCGUUUCGCCAACUCCUGGAAGGAAGGCGGACCGAAAGCAUGUUCGCGACGUGUGGAAAAGAUAUCGGCGCGUCCCAAUUGUAAGGAGCGCAAAGCGAACGCCGCCUGUCGGUGGCUGCGCGAAUCUGAAGUAUUCGGUAACUGUGAUAAUAGACUAAAUCCCAAUAACUAUUUUGACGCGUGCAAGAUGGACGUGUGCGAGUGUCCCAAUCGCAUGUGUCAUUGUGACAGUUUCGCGGCCUACGCGCACGAAUGCCGACGCCUCGGUGUCGAAGUGUCGGAAGAGUGGCGCAAGCGCACCAAAUGCCCGGCGGGUAUGUGGCGCCGCAAUGCAACCAAAAUGGCGCUGCUGCAGCAUCAUCAACACAUUGGCGGUGGUGGCGGCGGCGGCGGCGUCAGUAAUGGUGUGCGCAGUGGCGCGCAAGCGCGUCGUCGCAAGCACCACCAACAGCAAAAGCAGCAGACACAACAACAACUGGAACGGCAGCUGCAGCUGCACGUGCCGAAGAGUCUGCUGGCGCACAAGUCGCCGAAUCGAACGCCGCCGCCGUUGCAUUGAGUCGCGAGUGUGGCUACCACCUGCGCAUACAUACAUACAUACAUUCAACACUAAGCUAUCUUAGGCUAUGAGUAAUACACAUACGUAUAUAAACACAUACAUACAUACAAAUAAGUUAUGAAUUUUAUAUUUAGCUAGAAAAAAGUGAAAAAUUAUUUAUAAAAAAGUAAGCGUGAAAGCACAUUGCUUCAGGUCAGCUAAUUUAAGCUUAUAUAUGUGUGUGUGUGCGUUGAUUUUUUUUGUAAUUAUAAAGCACCUGCGUUGUAUUUGUAUGUGUAUUUGUAAACGUAAUUGAAGCAUCACUGUUUUCUGUGCUGUUUUAUACCACUUUGCUAUUAUUAUUAUAACUGUUAUACUUAAUUAUUACUCAAUUAGUUCUUAUUUAAGCCUAAUUCUAUAAAUGCUAAGUGUAUAUAUGUAUUAGUAGCUCUUAUGUGUGUUUACUGUAUAUUUUAUUCUAAGUACUAUAGCGAAAUUCGUCUACUUCAACCGUAACGGUUCCUAACUCACACAUGCACAUACUAACAAACUUACAUAUAUUUGCAUGUACUCACCAACACACUCAUAUACACAUACAUGCACACCCAUUUGCAUGCAAAAGUUGGCAUGCCCGUCUCCCCUGCGAAAUGAGUAGCGCAAAUGGCACGCCUGUGUCAAGACACUCACACUGCAAAGCCUUUUCCCAUUUCUCCAUUGAAGUCAAGCUCACAAAUGUUCUUAAAUUUGUUUUUUAAUUACUACUUGCUAAAGUAGCAGUCAUAAAAUGCUUUUGUGACGUGACAUUAAGCACGAUUUUCAGCUAUUGAUUCACCGUUUUCAAAGAAAUACUGUUACAAUGUUAUUUUGUACUCUAUUUAUUACUUUUUCUUUAUAGUUGCAAAUAUUGGGUAGUCGAAAAAGUCUUUUCGUA